AAUACAGCUAACAUAAUGUCACCAUUGAAGUUGUACCAUUUUCCAAUCAGUGCUCCCUCUAGAGUGGCCCUUCUGACUAUUCGGAAUCUAAAUUUAGAUGUUGAGAUCGUUGAAAUCGAUCUAAUCAACAAAGCACAUUUGUCUCCGGAAUUCGUGAAAAUCAAUCCUCAGCACACCGUCCCAACUUUGGACGACAAUGGAUUUAUUUUGUGGGAAUCACGAGCUAUUGCUCUCUAUUUGGUCAACUCUAGAUCUCCCGGAAGUUCUCUGUAUCCAACAGAUCCCAAACUUCGAGCUGUUGUAGACUCUCGCUUGUUCUUUGAUGCAUCAAGUUUAUUUCCAAAAGCAAGAAAUCUCUUGUUUCCAAUCCUUUUCCUAGGUGUAAAGGAAGUUGAUCCCGAAUUGAAACGAAUUCUCUAUGAGGCUCUUGAUUUCAUGAAUACCUUUUUGGAGGGACAAAAUUGGAUUGCAGCUGAUCAUGUAACAAUUGCUGAUCUGACGCUCCUACCUCUCGUUUCUUGUAUUAUUCAUUCUGGAGCAGCAAUUUCAAAAUUUCCCAACAUAGAGGCUUGGCACAAGCGAUGUGAGACUCUGCCAGGAUUUGAAGAGAAUGAAUCUGGAGCCAAGGAAUUUGGGAAAUUGAUUAAGGAAAAAUUAGGAAAUACAGGGACAUGGGAUUCCUUAAUUAUGGCUCCUCUGAAGUUGUAUUACAUGCCAAUUAGUGCCCCAGCUAGAGCCGUUCUCUUAACUAUUCGAAGCUUAAAGCUAGACGUUGAGAUCAUAAACAUUGACAUCUUAAAGGGAGAACAACUCACACCUGAAUUCAUUAGUAUGAAUCCUCAACACAUGAUUCCCACAAUUGACGACAAUGGGUUUAUUCUGUGGGAAUCAAAGGCAAUUGCUGCUUACUUGGUCAACUCCAGAGCCCCUGGAAAUUCUCUCUAUCCAACUGAUCCUAAAAUCAGGGCUCUUGUCGAUGCACGCCUCUACUUUGAUACCUCCACCAUAUUUACAAAGUCAAAGGAAGUUUUGUUCCCAAUCUUUGCUUUGGGAGCUAAAACGGUGGACGAGGAGAAGAAGAAUGCUUUCUAUGAGACACUAGAUCUCAUGAAUACCUACCUAGAGGGAAAGAAAUGGUUUGCGGGAAAUAAACCAACUAUAGCUGACUUUUCACUCUUGGCUUCCUUUGCGACUUUUGUUCAUUCGGGAGCUAAUGUGUCCAAAUACAAGAACAUCCUAGCUUGGUAUAAACAAUGCGAAUCCUUGCCAGGAUUUCAGGAGAAUGAAGCCGGUGCUAAGGAAUUCGGGAAUAUGAUUAAGGAGAAACUAGGCAUUACCGGAACGUGGGAUUAAAUUUAAUUAAAAGCUCUUCGUGAUUGAUUUUGAAAAAUGAUUUAAAAUGAGAAAUAUUUGAGAAAUAAAAUAUUUUAACAAAGGA